UAAAAAAUGAAGGCUUGGAUAUGGCCUUUCAUAGGUGGACUAAAAUUAUUUAUAUGCUUUCUAAUAAUUGUAUUGUUUUCAAUUCCUAGUCUCGUUAGCUAUAUAAUCUUCUACGACACGGUUAUUCCUCAUGCUGUGGUGCAAUAUCCUGUUCAUUUUAACUACACAACUGGGUCUAACUAUCCUUAUGCCAAAGUGAACAUGGAUCACUUUAGCAUAGAUCCUAGGCUUCCUGGAACAUCGAUCCUUCAAUUAACUAUUCCUCGUUCUCAACGUAAUAGAGACAUUGGCAAUUUUAUGAUUUCGGUUGACUUUCAUGGAAGAACUGAGCAAACGACAUUGAAAUCUGUUUCAAGAACGGUCCUAUUUCCAUAUUAUUCAACUAUACAAGAAUACCUAAAGCUAAUUCUCUGCUUUCCUUUUUAUUUGACUGGGAUUUUAGAUGAACGCGAGACUGUAAGCGUAAAGCUAUUGGAAUCUGAAAUGUUUGGAAACCAUCGCAGUGCAAUCAACACACUGUCCUCGCGUUUUUAUGUAGCUGAUACUCCUAAGAGUGCGACUAUCCGUAUCUAUUCCAAGGAUAUUGAGUUUUAUGAAGCGACUCUAGCUUUUGCAUCCAAACUACACGGCAUGCGCUGGUUCAUGUACACGCAUAGAGUGACCGCCUUUUUUGUUUUUACAACCCUCUUUUGGUUUACUGGGAUAGGUACAACCUUUAUUACUUAUUUUAUCGUUUCAACCACAUCAAAGUCUCGAAACAAAAUUGCUGGAUAAUUACAAACUCUUUAUUAACUGAAAAGGAAACAUACAAGCCUAAAUGAACUAUAAUAAAUAUCACGACCGAAUACCUCCAAUGAUUACCGCGAAUAUUAUGAUUAUGAUUAUGAUUGACGAACUUUGACAAUUUGAAAAGAAAAAUUAUAGCAUUGGUUAGAAUAUAGUCCACUUAAUGCUCUUUAGUAGCUUAUUCCUAAAAACAAAAAAAAAAAAAAAAAGAAAGAAAGAAAAAGAGAAAAAGAUUGGCAGGCGCCUUCGUUAUCAUAAUAGCCUUCAUUUAUUGUAAACUCAUCAUGAAGGUUGAGCUAGAUUGCUUUCAUUAUUUGAUGUUUGAAUUAGUUCCUCAAAGAACGACAAUAAAAACCUCAUAAGUUGCUGAAAUAAAGCUGCUAAUACAAUAUACAAUAGAUCUCGAAUUGUGUAUUUAAAGGAGAUGAAGAAUUGAACAAGUAUAGGUCGGCAUUUGAAUUGUAUGAAACUUGCUAGACGUUUGUUCACGUUUUCAGAGAAAGCGGUGUUCGGGGAGGUACUUUGAUGUUUGUUGAUGGAAAAUACUUGACUUGUAAAGGGAGAUCCUGAUGUAACUUCAUUUUCACUUUGAAAAUUCUCUUCUCUGCUGGACUCCACGGUCGAGUAUAACGCAGUCGAAUCCGGGUCAUCGAUUCCAGGCAUGGAAAUCUCAUAACGAUUUUUAAAAUCGUGUAAAAGAGGUGACAUACUGGAUAAGCUUUGUAUAAUCCAUUUCUGGAUUCCAAUUUCUUCGGAAAGUAUAGUAAAUCCUGAGGUUAAUUCUUUGUUUCGUAAACGCUCCUGUGAAAGAGCAUUCUCCAGAUCUAGAAGAUCUGUUCCUAUAUCAUCUUUUUGAUUUGCUUGGGAAUUAAUGGUUGAGGUAGACCUAUUGAUUUCCUCGCUAAUUAUGUGAGCGGGAGAGAAUGGUAUCGACAAAAAGGGCGAAAAAGUAGAAUUAGUGAGUUUUUGAGAAGGUAAGGGCGAAGGAUGGCGUAAAUUAAUUUCUUCUACAUGGUUUUGUUUUUCUUUUCGAAACUCCUCUAGCUCGUCCUCUAGCUGUUGACUAUGGGUUCGGAGUUUAUGGUUCUCCAAUUUUAAAUUAGAUAGAACUUCUUCAUUUAACAAUGAUUUCGAGGCAGCUUUAUAUAGAUCAUUAAAACUUGACGAUUUCUUUUCCAACUCUUCCAUAAUUGCAGCACACUUGUUUUCUAAUAUAGAAAGUUGCUUCUUCCCCUGUACAAUUUCAUUUGAUUUCGCUAUAAGCUCCGAUUGGAAAUUUUCGUUUUCAGCACCAAGGGAUUCAUUUUUACUCUUGAGUUUUCUGAUUUGCAAAUUCUGAGCCUCUUGUGUUAGGUUCAUUUCCCUGUGUUGAGCUUCAAGAGAACCCAGGUAGUGAGUCAAUUCGUCAAUCUUUCCAUUCAACAAAUCAACAAUUCUGGACUUGUUUCUUGCCUGGUCCCUUGCUUGGUCAAGAGAAUCUUGGAGUUCUCUCAGUCGCAUAUUUAAACUUUUGAUCGAAUUGUUUUCUAUAUUAUAGCUGCUAAAUUGAUUUGCUACUCUGUCAGCAGCAGAAGGUAAAGGGUUCCUUUAAGAAUUAGUUGAAAUAAAUGAUUAUCAUCUAUAACAUACCAUGUAAUUGGGGUUGAGUGAGCAAAAGGAGUGCUCAAAAUAUUUGGAGAUUUCAUCUCCAGUUUAUUGGAAUUAUUCGGCAAAAGAAGUUUUUGAGCUUGAAUUUUAGAAGGACUUUCUAUGGAGUCGAAAGAAGAAUCUUCCACGGCAUGUUCUUGAGAAGGUGAUGAUAAUGCUUGCGACUGCUGCACCAAAGGAAAAAAAAACUGUUCAACGGGAUUUUCUACAGAGCUAGCAUUUUCACUUUUACUGAAUUGUACCAACUUGAUUAGUAACUCUCGUAGGUUAUCCUUGUUAAUGGAAAGAGUUGGAUUUUUUUGUACGAACUCUGAAGUAGCACGCCUUUGAAAUUCGUUGAGUAAAGGGGGAGCAGAACUUGAACGUAAAAGCUCGAGGUCACCUAUUACUGAUAGCAAUUUAGUUAGGCUGAUCUAAAUUUGGUCAGCAUGUUUCUAUGACAUUGUUUCAAUGAGGACAAUUAUGGUGACCUAGACGCAUAGAUUCACGUACUUUUCCUUCCUUUCCAAAAUCAUAAGAAUCAAAAAUUAAAUCAAAGUCUUGUGGAUUCUGCAUGACGCGCGAAAAUCGCGCCCUUUUUAGAAGAUCACUAUAAAAGCGACUCGAUUCCUUUUUACGCGUAGUAAACGACACUGAAUCAAGUUCCUUCUAUUAAUUGAUAAUUUUCCUGAAAUUAAAGUAAAAACCCAAUAAAAUUAACAAGAAUGAGUUGAAAUUGGCUAUCACACCAGCAUUGUGCUGCCGCUAGACACCCAGAAGAAAGGAAAACAAUAGUGAGCCAACCAUUUCAAAAAAAAACCUAUCGAAGUUUUUCAGCUCUAUUGUUGUAUAAUCGUUUUCUAAUUUGAUUCUUUUUGUUAAUUACCAUGAAAGAAGACGCUCGAUCGAUUACGGAUCCAAGGACAUUCGGCGAGGAAUGACAAGUGAAUUGCAUAUCGCUUGACAUUGACCUACGGAACUGAAACUUAUUGUGUUUAUUUAUGUACAAUGGACUAGAAAGUUUAUUAUUAUCUUAAGGAAAUUAAUGAGUUGUCAACAAUGAUUGUACUUCUUAGUAUACAUAGUGACAGCACGAUUGAGCAGAAACUCUAUUUCUGGUAGCAAAUGUCCUUUAAAAACAAUACCCAUAAUUAAAAAAGUAUUAAAAAAAAUUUUAUGAAUACAUCCCGUCCAGUAGAAUAGAGAAAGCUUU